AUGGUCUACCUUCUUCCAACUAUCGUCGUUGGAGCUCAGCUCCUGACAACUGUGCUGGGCCAUGCAUUGCCUCACUUCCACCCGCGUGCAGACAACGGCACCAUCCAGUACCCUUACCCCGAGCUUGGCACCGACGCGCCAGCCGACUUCGCUACCAACGGCUACUUCAUCAACCAUCUGUGCAUCAACGUCAAGAACCUCACUGCCAGUGUCGACUUCUACUCGAGCGUUUUCGGCCUUCGCAAGCUCUUCACCUUGCACGUCACUGAGCACUACUCCAUCACUUACAUGGGCCACAGCCACGGCGGCAAGAACGGGACUGGCUACCAGACCGCUCUGGAGUUGAACCGCGAGAAGAACAACGCCGAGGGUCUGAUCGAGCUCAUCCACGUCGACGUGCCCAAGAACAACAUCGAGUCUUCCACCCAACGCCCCAACACCUUUGCUCACAUUGGAAUGGUCGUGCCCGACAUCGUCGCCAUGCAAGAACGUCUUGACACUCUUCCCGACGUCAACGUUGUCAAGAAGCGUGGUGACCCUGUUCCCAUCGGUGGCGAGGUUUCCGGCGCUUCUGGUCUGCACCCCGAGGCUCUGGAACAACUCAGUGCUGAAGAGCAGGAGCAAAUCAAGGCCAUGCUUAGCCCUGUCACUGGCCCGCUGAUCUUCGUCGCUGACCCUGACGGCAAUCUCAUUGAGAUUCAGCCCCAGGAAGGCGCUGAGCUCGUCUGA